AACACAGAGGACAGAAAUGAUGAAGCUGCAGGUCUUGAUCCUGUUGGCCUGGCUUGCUCUGCUCUCAGCACGGCCUGGUGACUGUGAGAACAGCACUGAACCAGAGAUUGAGAACAAGCUGAGUCAAUCUACCUCUUUCACAUUUGAUCAAACCAACCUAAAAUGGGAGACCUUUGGUGACUUUCUCCCCAGCGGAGCAAUUUCAGUCUACAACGGAUACGCUGGACGCAUUGACUAUGUUUGCAAAUAUGGGUGUGAGGCUGGCUUCUACAACCCCACCAUGGGUCCUAAGUGCCACUACCCAUAUUUAGAGAAAGAGUAUCUUGGCUCGCCAUUUGAGAUCCUGGUGAACAAAGACAAUUUUGAGUUUAUGGAAUGGAAGGAAGGCUCCUAUGGUUCAGUGCCUCAGAAUUCAGUCCAGACCUGCUCCGACAAAGACAAAUAUGUUGGGAAGAACAAGUAUGGUCUUGGGAAAGUUCAAGUUAUGCAUGAGGCGUUUUUCCUUCCCUGGGAAGGCAAAGAGUAUUGGUACAAGACUUAUGAAGUCCUGACAUUUAAUAAAGACAUAUACAGUGAGCACAUUUCUGAUGUCAAGUACAAUACUGAUGGGGUUGAAAUCCUUGAGUAUCCUCCAGAGAGCAUGAGCAAGUCUGCCAUUUCCAACCAUGAGUGCCAGUCGGUGACAAAGACAGUUACCCUCUCAGAGGCAACACAAGUUGUGCAAAAGUGGGAAACUAGUUUUUCCAUCACACUGGGAGUCAGGAGUAGCAUCACUGCCCAAAUCCCAUUAAUUGGCUCCACAGGUAUUGAGUUUAGUGCUGAGACAACCGUUCAGUUCACCAAGGGGACCACUCAUAUCGAGUCAACCACCCACUCUGUUUCUGUAGAGCAAGUUGUCCCACCAAACCACUCCUGCAGUAUCAGUAUGGUGGCAUAUAAGUACAAGGCAGUCAUCCCUUACACAGCACGCCUCAGCCGCACCUACAGCAAUCAAGAGACCACAUGGACUUCCAUCUCUGGGACAUAUGACAGCGUCCAAAUUAGAGAAGUCCGGGCUGUUGUCGAUCGCUGUGAAUCUAUACCUGAUGCCCAGCCUUGUGCUCAGAGGAGUAAGCCAACAGCAGCCACAGGAGGAGUUUGGCAUGAAAUUUAAGACAAUAAAACUAUCUUGAAUUUUACUAUUACAUUCAGUCAGCACGCAUGUUUACAUAGUCAGAAACAGCAGCAUGACAACAGUAUGAAACAAUUACAGAUAAAUGGAAUCAGCACACGUGAGGGAAAUUUCUGUUAUAAUCAUGUGUUUUGUAAUAUAAUUAUGCUCUUACUAAUAUGAAUAGACGUGUCCUAUAUAACCCACAUGAUAUUACAAUGUUUAAGUUGUUGUGAAACAGAAUAAAAGCAAGUCAUUAAAAAAGAGUUAAGCCUGGAGGGGGUGAAGCCUCUUUCCUGUGUUCAGAUUACAAUAAGAGUUGCCUCGCCUUACUCAUCUCUGUGUGAUGCUGGAGAUGUCUCCUGCUUGCAAGUAAUAAAUACCUAUAGAAAAUA